CGAACUGCCAUCACCUCUUCGAGUUCACCUCUUCGAGUUCUUAUGCGAGCCCGGCUUUCCAUCUCGUCGUGUCUUCCGCGGCUCUGCUCACUGAACUUUUGUCUAGCCUGCUCUCACGCUCGUUCGAUAAUGAGUAGCUGUGCUCCUGGUUUUGAAAAUGCCACAGAACAGCGCGAGCCUGUCGAUCUCAAAGUCCACGGUGAGAUCCCGUCCUGGCUGAGCGGUAUUCUCUAUCGCACAGGGCCGGGCACUACUCGCAUUCCCAGGACCGCGGACCCCUCCAAGGUCGUCGAUAUUCACCACUGGUUUGACGGGCUUGCUAUGCACCACCGUUUCGAAAUCCAUUCCGAAACGCAGCGCGUCUCCUACCGCUCCCGCAAGGGCGCCGAAGAUGUCGAGCGGUACAUCGCUGACACUGGCGAAUUUCCAGGGUACUCCUUUGGUCAGCAGCGUGACCCAUGCCAGAGCCUCUUCCGCAAAUUUUUCUCCGUCUGGGAUGCAGCAUCGGGGGCAUUAGGACCCAGUGGGCGGAACGUCAACGUCACCCUCACGCCCGACAUGCCUGGCUGGAAUGCAGUCACGAAGGGUCUGCCGAUUCUUUCCCCAUCUGCUGCGAAAUCGCCCAUGACACCGCGAUAUCUCGUCGCAAAGACGGAUUCAGACAGGUUGCAGCUCCUCGAUCCUGAGACACUAGACCCGUUGGCGCAGGUGACCUACAGUCAGCUCGAUUCUCGUUUGGAUGGUGUCUUGGCUGCCGCACAUGCAUGUCGGGAUGCCGUCUCAGGGGACUUUUACAAUUUUGUUUGCAAGUUUGCAGGCCGAUUCCCGACGUAUAAAGUCUUCUGUAUCCGUGGGCAUGACGGCGGAGUUGAUAUCCUGGCAGAGAUCAAGGAUGCCCCGCCGGCGUACAUUCACUCGUUUGCGAUUACAGAGCGCUUUAUCGUGUUGUGCGUUUGGCAAGCCUACUACAAGCACUACGGUAUGUCGAUCCUCCUCAACAAGAAUCUCGCCCAGUCCAUCACAACCGACUGGGAUCCCACCGCCGAUACGCUCAUCUACGUCAUUGACCGCAUGAACGGCGGUGUUAUCGCGAUAUACAAGACCCAGCCCUUCUUCUGCUUCCACCACCUGAACGCAUUCGACGAUCCGGCCACAGGCGACGUCGUCAUCGACAUGAGCGUCUACCCGAAUAACACGAUCAUCGAGCUCACCAAGUACGCCUCGUUGCGCGACCUCGGCGCGCUCACUACCCCAUUCACGUACGCCCGUGCGCGGCGCUUCCGGCUACCCGCGCCUCUUUCUUCUCCUCCGCAAUCCGGCACGCGAGACGCGGUGGUCGAAUAUACCUUCCCGAUCGAGCGCAACAUCGAGCUGCCUGUUGUCGCGCCGCGCGUGCGGAACCGGCCGUACCGCUUCGCGUAUGGAAUCCACAAGGUGCACAUUCCCGGCCGCCACACUCUGUCGGAUGCGCUCAUCAAGCUCGACAUGGCUGCCGGCGCUGCCGGUGGUGAAGGCACGAAGGUCUGGGAGGUGCCGGAUGGCACGCCGAGCGAGCCGAUCUUUGUCCCGCGGCCUGGCGCAGCGCCGGGGGAGGAGGGCGAAGAUGAUGGCGUGCUGCUGACCGUGGUGUUGGACGAGCGUGCGGUGCAGAGUCGGCUGGUCAUCCUGGACGCACGGAAGAUGCGGGAGGUGGCGCGUGCGGAGAUGGACACGGUAUUCCCGAUCGGGUUCCAUGGUGUGUUUUGUGGGUAGUCCACAGCACUUCGUUACUACUUUGCUCCGGUCUGUUUUUGGUAGGUGGUGUGUAGCAUUAUACGUGUUGUUCCGUUUCUUUGCUUUGUCAAGCU